UGGCACAAAUUACCUUCAGUCCCGUCUCACUAGCGAUGCUGAAAUCAAUAAUUUUCACUCUGUGCCUGGUCGGUAGAAUCACUGCCGUUCCGCUUAAGGAUGCCCAGCCGUGUCAAAUAUCCGAAGGCCUACUCUACGAAAUCCGCAGCUAUCAACCAAUUGUGCACAAGAUCAUGAACGAGAUUGUGAAUGGUCGCUUUGCUGGCCAGACAUGGCAAAGUCUGGCUGAGUUGACGGACACUUUCGGACCACGUAUGACUGGAUCGCAACAGUUGGAGGAUGCCAUUGAUUAUGCAGUCAAAGAAAUGAUCCAGGAUGGUCUAGAAAACGUCCACACCGAGGAUGUUCCCGUUCCACAUUGGGUUCGAGGCUACGAAAGGGCUCAGUUGGUGGAGCCAAUUCAUUUGGAGUUGCCUAUUUUGGGGUUGGGUACAUCGGUUGGAACUCCAUAUGGUGGAAUAAGCGCUGAGGUGAUUGUGGUGCAGUCGUUUGCAGAGUUGGACGAACUCCCCAAUGAAUUGAUAGAAGGGAAGAUUGUCGUAUUUGUACCUCAGUGGGUAAGCUACGGUGAAACUGGAACGUACCGAAGACUUGGAGCGUCUGCUGCAGCUAAGAAAGGAGCAGUGGCCAGUUUGAUUAGAUCGGUAACACAAUUCUCUAUUGGAUCUAUACACACUGGAGUUCAAGAAUAUGAGGAAGGAGUUCGAAAAAUUCCCACGGCGAGCAUCACAGUCGAACACGCUGAAAUGUUGUUACGUAAGUAUCAUAGAGGAGAGAAACUCAAGAUCCAUUUGGAGAUGCAUGAUGAGAAUUUGGGAAUGUUCAUGUCAAGGAAUACGAUCGCAGAGCUGCAAGGAUUGGUAUAUCGAAACAGUUCAGUUGUGGUAGUCUCGGGUCACUUGGACAGUUGGGACGUUGGAGUCGGUGCCAUGGAUGAUGGGGGCGGAGUGAUGAUCUCAUGGAAAGCACUGACCUACCUGAAGGCUUUGGGAUUGAGACCAAGGCGGACGAUCAGAGCGGUUCUGUUUACCGGUGAAGAGCAAGGCGUUUGGGGUGGCCGCCAGUACUUCGAAAAUCACAAAGCGCAAGGAGAGGAGGAAUUCAAUUUUUUCUUCGAGUCCGAUAGUGGAACGUUCAAUCCCCUUGGAUAUGGGUUUGCAGGAAAUGACGAGGCAAAAUGUAUUUUCCAGGAAAUAGUUAAAUUGUUGGCCCCGCUGAAUGCCACUGAAGUGUCUAGUUCUUCAAGUGCCGGGCCUGAUGUGACUGAUUGGAGUGCAGCAGGAUAUCCCGGUGCUGGAUUACUCAAUGCAAAUGACAGAUAUUUCUGGUUCCAUCAUACUGCGGGAGAUAGCAUGUUGGUGGAGGAUCCAGCAAAUCUGGACAGGUGCGCGGCAAUCUGGGCGGCUACUGCGUAUGUUGUUGCUGACUUGAGCAUUGCCAUGCCGAAGACGAUACUUCAUAAUUGAUUAUUGGAAUGCUGGUUAAAUGUGUGCCAGUAUU